CGGAGCUAGGCCUGCAUGUCGUUUGGCUCUCAUGCGAAUUGCACGUUAAAUAGGUGCCGCGAGCCCCAGCACAGCUCAUUCUAGAAUUCAAACUCUCGACACAAUGCCCAUGUGGACCUGUGAAUUUGCGAGCUGCGACAACCCAGCUGUCCGGAAUCUCGGUGAUUGCAUACUCUGCAACCGCCAUCUAUGUUCCAACCACCUUCAGCGUGAAUUUCACGCAUGUCCGAAAUGGGAGAAUGCGGAUACUUACGAUCCUGCCGCCCGGGCCGCUGAAGCAGACGAGCUUACCAGGUUGAUCGAGAAGAUCAACACUCCUGCUCUUGCGACUCGAGCUAGUCAUUUGCGCCAAGGGAUACCCUGCUCAGUUCCUCCGCUUCGCUAUGACAGAGCUGCACGAAGCUCCGUAAUGGGUGGUAUGAAUUAUCAUAUUGAAAUCCGGUUUAGUGACGGAGUUCAAUGGAUCGCCCGUGUCCGCAGGUUCAACGCCACAUCGCCUCCGGCAGGACUGCGAGAUUAUAUCAUCCAGAGUGAGGUAGCAACCCUCAAGUUUCUCGAGAGGACCAGUAUACCUGCCCCGAGAGUGUUUGACUUUAUGCUGGAUCAUGCGGACAAUCCUGUCGGUGUCGGCUACAUUCUGAUGGAAAAGCUACCCGGAAAGUCUCUAAGAUGGUCCAUCGCAACGCAAGAACAAAGAAGAAAGGUGAUGGAGCAGCUAGCUAAUGUAUCCAUCGAACUUGGCAAAUACCCGUUCGACCUGCUUGGCUCCCUCGAUCACCCGGGCGAUUCGCACGUUGGUGCAUUUGCUCGAGAGUCACUUACCGACUUUAUACAAUCCGAAAUGCGCCCACUAGGUCCAUUUACGUCUCCUGAAGAGUAUCACAAGUCUUCGCUUCAGCUCCUCUUGGAUCUCAUUCUUCGCCAAGAGAUGUACUCGCAGCAAGCAGUAGAUGCAUACCUGAUACACCGAUUUCUCCUCGACUUGGUUCCAUCUGUGUUAUCGUCAUCAGCACAGGACGAUCAUAAGUACUAUCUGAAACACGCCGACGAUAAGGGAGAUCAUAUCCUAGUAGAUGAGGAUUUCAACGUUACUGGUAUUAUCGACUGGGAAUGGGCCUACACCGCACCACCAACUCAUGCCUUUAACUCCCCGAUCGGCCUCUUGCCAGUUGCGCAAUUCUACAGCGGGGCGAAUAACUUAGGCGACGAUGAGAUUACCUUUGCACGCAUGCUGGAAGAAAAGGGUCGUCAGGAUCUGGCAGAUUUUGUCUGGAACGGCCGGUUGCAGCACAGAUUCGCCUUUUGUUGCGGCUACGAUCUCGCAGACUGGGAUGGAUUCCUCGGCCUCUUUCAAGGGCUUCGAGAUGCUGUUAAGAUAGACGACGGCAAAGAUUGGAAUGGCUGGAAAACUGCUGCAUUGUACCGCUACAGAGAGGAUGCUGGCUUACAGCUCUUAUUAUCUAGACAUGGAAACGACAUUUGACCCCGGAAUCGGAAUUGAUCAAGCACUUUUAUAUACCCACCACGUCCUUAACAUCUGUCGCACUGUGUCGAUGUCAACUCGCUCGGGCACGAGACGUCCUAGGUUAC